AUGAGACUUAAUACUCAAUUACCUCCAAAGCAUAAUUUCAAUGCUUCUUUUAAUUACGAUUGGGAUUUAUUGAAUAAGAAAAGAGAAAUCGAAAUGCUUAGACCUAAAGAAAUUUGUCCAAAACGCAAUCACUCAUUCCAUACUAGUUCAAAUGAUUGUGAUAAAUCUGUACAUAAUCGGUCUUUUGAGAAAUCUAUGUAAGAAACAGAAAAGGUGAGUUCAAGAAUGCAAACUGAAUUUGGCUAAUUGAAAACCCUCAUUUAGAAAAGGCGUGAUGAGAUUGAAAAAUAGCAAAGACAAUAGGAUCUCAAACUCUCAAUAUCAAUACCCUAAUAAACCAUCAAGGAGGAGAUGAAAAAAUAAAAAUAAGAAGCUCCAUAAUUCAAUUACUAUUAAACAUUCAAACCCAUUUUCGCAAAAUUAAAUUCAUUAAUUGAGAACUCCAAUACUAAAGAGCAGGAUAGACAAAGAUUAGUGACCUUAUUCGAUUCUAUCGAUUAAGAAUCCAUCAAAAAGAACAAUGAACCAGAAUAAAUGUUUUAAAUAGUUGAAUAAUUGGUGAAAGAAUUUGUUAUUCCCACCUUAGAACAAUAAACUCCACCUCAAUAAAAUUCAAAAAGAAGCUCUUUGUAAACACAAUCCUCAAAUUUUAUUAAGUAAUUGCCAUCUCACUAACAGAUACCUAAAUCCAUUGAGUAAUCAAUUAAUUUUAAGAAUGUGUUUGAAUUGUAAUAUAAAAAUCCUUGGUAAUUUUACACUUAAAUAAAGAACAAUGAUGGUGGAUAUUAUGAAUACUGUGUCAAUUAUAGGAUUGUAACUGGAGAAUCUUUAAACUGCUUUAACAUCUCAAAAUCUUAGUCAUAUUAACUAAAAAACUAAUAGUCCAACAUAUAAUUGGAUUAUAGAUAAAUCAAAUAGUCCUUAAUAUAAAAGCAGAUAUUAAGUAUUGAUGAUUAAUUUUCUCUUGUGCCAGUAACUCACUUUUAAAAGAAAGUAAUUUAUGCGUUGAGUUACCCCUCUUAGUACUGUAAGCAAAUUUAACAAUAUAUCGGAUUGAAUGUUAGUAAUCAUCAAUGUAAAAUGGAGUUGGGAAUAAAUAAGCUGAAUAAAGUUAUUUAACUGUAAUAAAGAUAGAGAAGAUAAUUGGUUUUUUCGAGAAUGACCUAAUUUAUGAACCAAUUAAGAAAACUAAAAAGGCUAAUUCAAUCAUUUGGAUUUAAGAGAUUGAAAUAGAAUUAUUAUUCAACAAAACUUUCAAGAAGUAUCAAUAACAAUCUUUGUAAGUUAAUACUCUAAGCAGCAAAAUAAGUAAAAAAAGAUCAAAAGAAUUACACAACUUAACUGUUCAUGUUAUUGCAAAAGUACUAAUGUAGACUGAAAAGUAAUGCAAUAACUCAAUUAAUUGGGAAUGAUGAUUUAAUUAUUAUGUUAUAAGGAUUACAAUCUGAGAACUCAAUAGAGAUGUAUUUAUAAUAAGUAGCUCAGUUGAUGGGCGAAAAAUUAGCAGUCUCCAUUUUAAAUAUUGAGAUUUUAUCAUUAACUUCCUAUUUACCUGAAUAUGGGUUGAUAUAAGAGUAUUUUGAAGACGUUGAUGACAUCUCGCAAUUCAACACUCUUUACUAAUUAACUUUAAAUAUAAAUACUGAGUUAAUGAAUAAUUAGAAUAUUGAAUUUGAGAAUCGACAUAUUUGGAAGGUUAAUGAUGAGAUAUUCUUAAUAACCUCAUCUAAUAUGUAGACUCAUUAUUUGAGUAAAAUAGCUUUAAUUUUAACAAAUGGAAUCAAUAGUUUAAGAUAGAAAUAUUUGGAGUUUUUUAAAUUCGCAAGAUUGAAAGUGGAAUAGCAUCAAUAGAAGAUGAAGUCUAAAUUUUUUAAUAGAUGGAGAAGCAAUCAAAGUGUAUUUGUUGAUCAAUUAAGAAAUGAACUCGUUUGUUCUAAAUAAGAAUAAGAUCAAUCUUAAAGAUUAAUUUACUAAUAUGAAUUGGAAUUAUAGAAUAUGCAAAUAUAAAAUGCAUUGAAAUCAAAAUGCUUAAGUAGUGCCUUGUUGGAAAAUACUUUAUCAAAGAGAGAGAAUGAAAUGUCAUUAAAAGAGACCUUCUUUAAGUUAUGGAGAAGUAAAAAUAGUAACAUGAGACAUUUUGAGUAGAGAGUGGAAACAGGAUUGUUUUUAUUGGAAUCGGCAGUUUUCAAAAUUGAGUAAUGCUAAUUAGAUAAAGCAUUCAGAGAAAUAGCAUUCGCAUAUACUCAACCUACUGGCACAAUACCAACUAGUCCAAUCUUAAAGAAUACGAAAAGGAGUUUCCAUACAAGAGAAUAGACAAGGAGAAGCUAAGAGGAAUUAGAGUAAUCAGUAUUAUGGGAUGUGCAUCAAAUGAAGAUUCAUACACCAAAUACUCAUAAGGGAUAAUCCUUAUCUCCUAUCACUGCUCAUACUAUCAACCAAUCUUUUCUUAUUGAGAAUGAAUCCUUGUAUCAAUAUCACUCAUAAAGAUGUACAUAAUAGCCUAAGAAGAAGGCAUAGUAACAGUAAUCCUCGCAUUUGGAUUAAGAGAAUGUACAAUCACAGAAUAAAAUCUAUUCUCAAAGGACUAAGGAUUUUGUUCGUAAAAUAUCUUAGCCAAAACAGUAAUAACAACAAAACCAUAGGAGAAUAAAUUCAACAUAACCAGGAAGUUCUUUUUCAUUUUAUGAUUUAUAACAUUGA